CCUCACGUACUACCAAGAGAGUGUAUUUCCGUCAUUCAACAGCAAUCUGACAAUCGAGAAAUGCCUCACUUUUAAAGUACGAAUCGAAAAAACCCUACAGCAAGGUUCGAACUUUAUUAACAUUAUAACACCAUGAGUGCACUACGUUGGAUUUACAUCUUGACAGCCUUGCUUGCGUUGCUUGAUACUAAAAGAACUAAAGUACAUGGAGUUACUCUAUGCAGUUCUCCGUGUUUGUUAGUUUCCAACAUGACGGAUAUUGUUACCAUGGACGUCCAAACCUCCUCUGUUAACUCAGUUGUAGUGGGCUUAACGAGGGCUGUUGCGAUAGACGUUCAUUUCAGUUUGGGUUACAUAUUCUGGAGUGACGUCACUGAACACAGCAUCAAACGUCUUCAUGUUGAUACUAAUACUACAGCUACAAUUAUCAGCAAUUUUGGGGUUUGCGACGGACUGGCUGUACAUUGGAGGACUUCCAAGCUAUUUUGGACUGAUACAACAAAGAACACCAUAUCCGUAUCAGACCUCGAUGGCAAUAACCAGCUUGCAAUUAUUUCCUUUGGUCUCGAUGAACCAAGAGGGAUUGCUUUGGAUCCUGACAACAACUUUAUGUUCUGGACUGAUUGGGGACUUUAUCCGAAAAUUGAAAGAGCUACCUUGAGCGGAAACCAAAGAACAAGCAUCGUAACAACGAAUCUUUAUCAUCCAAAUGGUCUUGAUCUGGAUAAAGGAAACCGACGCAUUUUCUGGGUCGAUGCAGGCUUAGAUAGAGUUGAAUCCAUCGAUUAUAAUGGCGGUAACAGGAAGUUGCUAUUCCAACUAAGUGGUUUACAUCCAUUUGGAAUUACUUUUGUUCCACCUUUCUUGUUUUUCACCGACUGGCAUUCGAGUAGAGAGGUUUAUAAAUUGGACGCCAUGACUGGGGAGGUGUUCCGCAGCUACAAUAUCAACGGUGGACGACCAAUGGGCAUCGUAGCUUACGAUGGCUUCCGACAGCCAUCAGCUUCAAGUCCAUGUUCUAUAAACAAUGGAGGCUGUAGCCAUUUUUGCGUUCCAAAAACCUCUGGUCAAGAGUGCAAGUGUCCAACAGGCUUGGCAGUGAAACAGAAUGGAAGAACGUGUGAAGAAAAAGUUAAAAAUUUUUUUCUUUACACGGAUGCCGACGACAAGUCAACAAACAUCAUCUCACUGGAUGUCAACUAUCUGGUGUCUAAAACCUUGUUCAAGCACCUUGGUGAUCAUCGUCCUAUUGCUUUGGACUAUGACCCUGUUGAAGAUCGCGUGUAUUGGACUGACGUAAGACAAGGGCGCAUUAUGAGCGCCUUCAGAAAUGCAUCCUCCGCGAAGACUAUAUAUUAUUGUAACGUCCUUAAUCCUGAUGGUUUAGCUAUUGACCAUGUGGGUCGAAACGUUUAUUGGACAGAUACUGGGACAGACAGGAUUGAACUGGGUCGUCUUGAUGGAACGAAAAGGAAGGUCCUAUUCAAAGAUGGACUUGACGAGCCGAGGGCCAUAGUACUCGAUGGAAGAAAUGGCAUGAUGUACUGGACUGACUGGGGAGCCAACCCAAAGAUCGAGAAAGCCGGAAUGGAUGGCUCAGGGAGACAAUCCAUUGUUACUGGAAAUUUAGCUUGGCCUAAUGGACUGACCAUCGACCAAGCCACAAAACGGCUAUACUGGGCUGACGCUAAACUAGACAAAAUAGAGACGACGGACCUUAAUGGAGGCAACAGACAGCUUCUAUUGUCAUCUGCAGAUCAAAUACAUCCUUUUGGCUUAGCGUUGUAUGAAAAUGUGCUUUACUGGACUGAUUGGAAUAAGAAGAGCAUUCUACGUUACAAUUUAACAAGUGCAACGCAUGAAACGGUGAUUCCUGACCUCCAGAAACCGAUGGACAUUCAUUUUUAUGACCCAUCUCUCUCAUUUUCAGGACCUCACGCAUGCUCUCAAAACAAUGGGUUCUGCACUGACUUCUGUCUACUGAAGCCAGGAGGAUACAGAUGCGCAUGCCCACCUGGGAUGUUGCUGAAACCUGAUGGGAGAAGCUGUGAUGAUGAUGUGUUCGACAAAGCCAAUUCAAAGAAAUUCAUGAUCUUUCCUGAAGCUGAUACUCGAGGAAUAUACAGUGUUGCAAUCUCAUUAUCAGAGAGCCCUUGCAAACCUCUGCAAAUCAAAACAAACAUUUCCUCGCCUGUUGCUGUCGAUUACGAUCCAUUCGAUGGCAAAAUCUAUUGGACAGAUGUCGCCCUGAAAAUAGUAGCAAGAGCUUUCCCUAACGGAUCCUCUGUUGAGGUAGUUGCAUACAACAAUGUUCAGGGGCCUGAAGGGUUGGCAGUCGAUUAUAUUCAACGGAAUGUUUACUGGACGGAUCCUGGAACCCACAAAAUCGAGGUAGCACGCUUAGAUGGAUCAUCUAGAAGAGGUCUUAUAACAUCUGCAAUCGAGAGUCCAAGUGCCAUAAUACUCAAUAUAGCUGAAAGGAAGAUGUUCUGGAGUGAUCAGGGAUUGCAUCCAAAGAUUGCAAAGAUUGAGCAAGCGAACAUGGAUGGCUCUGCCAGGGCAGUUCUUGUGAAUUCUGGACUCGUGGGGGUCAACUCACUAGCUAUAGAUUACUCUGGAAAACUAUUGUACUGGUGUGAUGCAAUUCUCGAUAGGAUCGAAAGGAUAGACUUUCAAGGAAACAACCGAAUCGUUAUACUAGACUUGUCGUCCGGUACUUGGCACCCAUUCGGACUGGCUCUAUCCGAUGACGUUCUUUACUGGUCAGACCUGGAAAAGAAGAAUAUUAACAAAUACAACAUGACUUCCUCUCUCAGUGAGGUUCUGGUCCAUGGAAUGGGGUCACCAAAGGAGCUACAUGUUCAUGAUGACGGAAAAAUAUUUUCUGGAUCUACCGGCUGUUCUCAUUUAAAUGGGGGCUGCAGUCAUCUUUGUCUUCCAAAUCCAAGUGGACAUCAGUGCUUUUGUCCUGAAGGAAUACUGCUUAAGCCUGGGGAUCCCUUGACUUGUCAAGGAGUCACCCGCUGUGCCAUUUUGUCUGUGCCCUCGAACGGAAGUCUAAAUCCCUGUUCUAAUCUACCCGGAAAUACCUGUCAGUUUUCUUGUGACAAAGGGUACAUUCUUAGUGGAUCAUCAACGCGCACUUGUAGAAACGAUGGCACGUGGACUGGCACACAGACUCAGUGUAAUGCUGCCACCUGUCCAGCCUUACCCACACCAGCAAAUGGAAUCCAGACGGGAUGUUCAGGAAAAACGGCAGAAAAGCACAACACAGUUUGCCAGUUUUCCUGCAAGGCUGGGUUCACGGCGAUCGGCUCUCCUACAAGAAAAUGUCAAGAAAACGCAACCUGGAGUGGACAAGACUUUGUAUGCUCAGGUAUUAGCUGUGAUCCACUUGUCCCUCGCACAAAUGUGGUCAUUUCUCCAUCCUCGUGCCUAUCAAGCAGCUCCCAAGGUCAGACAUGCAGAUUUUCCUGUCGAAUUCCGGGAUACAUUCUUGAUGGAGCUUCCUCAAGGGUAUGUGAUAACAAUGGGAAAUGGACAGGAUCGAACGACACUCGUUGCAGAGACAACAUGCCCCCCUCUUUCAACAACACUUGUCCCAACAACAUGGUUUUCUACACUGCUGGAUGUUCAUCUAGAGCUCUUGUGAAAUGGAAUGAACCAAUUUCUUAUGACAAUUCGGGCCACGUGUCGGUCAGCUAUCCUGCAGUUGGACCAUCUACUCAAUUGCAUGUUGGACUCUAUCAAGUGACUUACUCAGCCAAAGACGACAGCGGAAACAGUGCUAACUGCAGUUUCACUGUUCAAGUCACAAGAAAAUCAUGUCCAGUCCUUCCUCAACCAGUACAUGGAUAUAUAUCGCUUACAUGCCAGAACUGGUUUGGUUCCCAGGCUUCUUUCUCUUGUAAGAAAGGAUUUAAUAUGGAGGGCUCUCCUCUUCGCACUUGCGGAAGUAAUGGGGCCUGGUCAGGCAACACAACCUUGUGCAAAAAUGUCAAAUGCCCAGCCAUUAAAGCCCCAUCUCAUGGGACCGUAGCUCCAAGUCCUUGCCAGUUAUCUACUGGAGUUCAUUACAAGAGAGAGUGCUAUUUCAUAUGUUCGGCCGGAUAUCAACCACAAGGAACAGGAAAUGUGUCCUGCCUUGAAAACGGAUCAUGGAGUGCAGAUACUACUAAGAUUAUCUGUAAAGUCCCCACGGAGACUGGCCAAUCUUAUGCGAACGUGACUUGGGAGGUACCAGUCCCCACGGACAACUCUAGAGAACACUUGAUCCUUACUGGCUUGACACCGCCGCAGCAGUUUAAUGUUGGUAUAAAUCAUAUUACUUACAAAGUCACUGAUUCGUCGGCGCUGAGUUCAUCGUGCACUUUCUCCAUUCAAGUCAAAGAUAAAGAGCCACCCAGAAUUUCCUCAUGUCCCGACAAUAUACUCAUUACAUCUGCAAAGCAAUGGACAAGGGUGUGGCUACCCGGUGUAACGGUCACCGAUAAUGUUGGUGUCCACGCAUUUAUAACAAGCAGACCUAAUGGGAGCGAGUUUACAUGGGGACAACACAAUAUAACGUAUAGUGCGAUAGAUAUAGCUGGUAAUACGGCAAUGUGCAAGUUCCGUAUUGCAAUUGAGGGUAUGCACAAACUAUCUGCAAAUUUAUAGUUUUAUAGGUAGUUUCCUCAGUAACAGUCAUCGAAUCAUAGUCAGUUUCUAAGCAACUGAGCACCUACCACUCUUCUAACCCAACAUGAACCCUAACUUAGGAUCAGUUGACUGUUUUUUGGGCUGCUGGGGAGGUGGGUGGGUAGGUGCACUUUUGCUCUGACAUACUGACAUUGAUCUUGGUCAUAGUUUAUUUGUGAGUGCAAAAAAGAUAUUAUGACUCAGCGACAGAUCUUUCAACGAUCCAAGUAGGAGCUACCAUCGAGUGGUAGCAGAACACCAAAAUAUAGCGUCAUGAUUAAGAACUUGUUUUGCUUAAGGAUCAUUGUUUUUGGAAAAGGGAGGCUUGUAACUGGUGUUUUUAACAAUUUGAUAUGAUUUUAGGAGGGUACAGAACUUUUACCAACUCACUGUUUUCUGUUUGAAGAGCGUUAUGGCCUACUACCACGAAGAGCAAA